AUGACCCUUCCCAAAGAUUUCAUCUGGGGGUUUGGAACGGCCAGUUAUCAGAUUGAGGGAGCUGUCAGCGGAGAAGGUAGAAGCCCUUCCAUAUGGGACAGCUUUUGUGACAUCCCUGGGAAAAUAGCGGAUGGCACAACUGGGCGCCAUGCGUGUGACUCUUACAACCGCACCAGCGAAGACAUCAGUCUUUUAAAAGAGUAUGGCGCCAAGGCAUACAGGUUCUCAGUCUCAUGGUCAAGAAUAAUUCCGCUCGGUGGCCGGAACGAUCCCAUAAAUCAACAAGGGCUGGACCAUUAUGUUCAUUUCGUUGAUGAUCUCCUCGCCGCGGGAAUUCUGCCCUUGGUGACCUUGUUUCAAUGGGAUCUGCCCCAGGCGCUUCAUGAUCGUUAUGGUGGCCCAUUAAAUAAAGACGAAUUCGUGGCUGAUUUCUCUCACUAUGCUGAGGUAGUAUUCAAGGCCCUAGGCUCUCGAGUCAGCCAUUGGACAACCUUUACCGAGCCGCAUAAUAUAGCGGUCACUGGGUAUCAGACAGGCAUCUACGCACCUGGAAUUCGCUGUGAUAGAUCUUCAUGGAUUGUUGGACACAGCCUGCUCGUUGCGCACGGGUCUGCUGUGAAGAUCUUUCGUGAGCUUCACUCAUCCUGCCCAGGAAAAAUUGGGACAAUUGCUAACCCUAGUGCAGCACAAUGGGCGUCGCCAUGGGAUGACUCUGACCCUCGGGAUCUCGAUGCCUGCAAGACCUACCUCGAUUUCACCGUAGGAUGGUUCGCAGAACCCAUAUAUCGUGGUCGUUACCCUGAGAAGAUGGUCCAGCAGCUUGGAGACAGGCUACCGUCCUGGAGUAAGCACGAUAUUGCCUUAGUUCAUGGUAGUAAUGACUUCUUUGCCCUCGAUUAUUACACGUCGAGUUUCAUAAAGCAUAAGGAAUCGCAACCACAUCGCGGAGACUUCCUUGGCAACACAGAGUCGCACCAAUACAAUUCACAAGGGCGGUGCAUUGGUCCCGAAACGGACUCAUCAUGGCUUCGAGCUAAUCCACAGGGCCUCAGAAAAGUAUUAAACUGGAUCUCACGCACUUAUUCGAAUCCGGAUAUAUAUGUCCUUGAAAACGGGACUAGCUGCAAAGGCGAGGACGAUCAAUCAAUCGAAGAGAUCUUACAUGAUACAUUCCGAUGUGAUUUUUAUCGAGAGCAUAUCUCCGAAGCGGUAAAGGCUCGCACCGAGGAUGGUGUUAAUCUUCUAGGAUACAUGGCGUGGAGCCUCAUGGAUAAUUUCGAGUGGAACGAUGGCUACCGCGUCCGUUUUGGCGUCACUUAUGUGGAUUAUAAAGAUGGGAUGAAGCGUUAUCCGAAGGACAGUGCCAAGGUAAUAUCGGGGUUAUUUCAUAAGUAUAUAAAUGGAGAAGAUUGUGUGUAG